AUGCAACAAGUACGAUCGUGGAGUUUCUGCUUGGCGCUCUUGGUCUGCUGUCAGAGCGUCUGUUUCGGCUGCAAGUGGAUCCAGGGCGGCGAGUACAAAAUGAAGAGCAACUUCACCCUCACACUUCUCCGGGCGAUGGUAAAAGACGUCAUGGAAAUAGAAACUGAAACUGCUAUUCCAGAAGAGAUUUUCAAGUUACACAACACAUCAGAGAUUGACAGAAAAAUUAAGAUUCUUCAGAAAACCUCAGAGAACUUUGUGAUGAUUUUUAGGCUGGCGGAAAACACAACCUGGGAAGAGACGCGGCGACAGCAUCUUCUAGUGCUUCUGCACAGACAGGCGUUUGAACUUAAAUCUUGUCUGAAACCAGUAGCCUGCCCGGAGUGCUCCCAGCUGAGGACAUACUUCAGGAGCCUCAAACAGUUGUUAGAAAGACACGGGUACUCGGCGAAAACCUGGGAGUUCCUCGCAAAGCAGGCGCUGAAGGUCACAAUACGGAUGGACCUGCUGUCAGCUCAGAUCCUGUCACAGCUUUAA